UUGUUUCCCAUGGUAAUCCUGUUUCUGGAAUUAUUACUCUUAGUCUUAUGUGAAGGAGCAAAAGAAGUUCCAAAGAGUAUAGAAUACCACGAACUAGUUGAUUAUAGCAAAUCCACUUUAAAACACGAACACUACAGACACAGGAGAAGCUUAGCAGACUUUUUAUCAUUAUCUUUUAUAGCUUUUGAAAAAUCAUUUAAUCUCAAGUUAAGUAAAAAUAACGACGUUUUUACGGACGACGUUCAGUUUACAAGUAGUUCAGGGAAAGAUAUAGACUACGAUUUCUACAGUUUGGUUAAGGGAAAUGUUAAUGAUGAUGAAGAGUCGAUAGCACACGGUUCCAUACACAAUGGUGUAUUUGAGGGCGUCAUCAACUUUCAGAAUGAAACUUAUCACUUAGAACCCUCCCACAAAUAUUACGACUCCCCUGACAAACACUCUCUUAUAUACAGAUUCAGUGAUGUUAAUAUUACACCUCAGAAUAAUAAGUGUGGCGUAAAAGAUGAACACGGCAGUUUUUAUAAUAUUCCCCAUGAGAGCAUAUUUAAGCACACAGAUGGGAAGAUAAAGUACCAUAACAACAGGAAGAAAAGAGAUUUAUCAGAGAAAAGCACCAGAUAUUGCUCGCUCUACAUGGCGGCUGAUAACAAGUUUUUCCAGCAACACAGCGCUGGAUUUGCUCCGGCAAUAUUCAGCAAGUUGGGAACGUACGUGGAGCAAGUAAACGCUAUUUACCACGAAACAGACUUUCCAACCUACAACCAUCGAGUCAAAUUCCUCAUCCGGAAAGCUCAUGUGUACGAGGAUUCAGAUAACGUGUACGACAGACACGAGUACGCAGUAGCCAAGUUCCUGGACCUAUUCUCCACCAAGGACGAGGACCAGCUCAACCCUGAUGAUUACUGUAUCGCUUACAUGUUCACCCACAGGGACUUUGAGGAUGGUGUUCUCGGGCUAGCAUGGGUAGCUUCAUCUGGUAAAGAUAGUGGUGGACUCUGUACUGACUGCAAAAACUACGACUCGAUGAAGUCGCGGUGUUUGAACACUGGUAUUGUAACCACAAGGAAUGUUAAGGAGGUUCCAGCACUGCAGAGUUAUCUGACUUUUGGACACGAGCUCGGACAUAACCUCGGCUCUCCUCACGACCCCACAUCCUGUGCACCUGGUAGUGGGUACAGAGGAGGCAACUACCUGAUGUACCCUCACGCUAACACGGGCAACGAACCCAACAACGUGAAACUGUCUCCCUGUAGUACUGAGAUAAUGGGACCUAUACUUUCUAUUAGAGCCAGCUGUUUUGAGGACAACGUGGACGGGUGCGGAAACUUUAAGAAAGACGAGGGAGAGGAUUGUGACUGCGGGGACUCAGUUAAUUGUGAGAAAGAUAAGUGCUGCAAGACCAACUGCAAGUGGACAAAGCCUGACUACACGUGCAGUGCGAUGGAUGGGCCGUGUUGUAACGGUAACACGUGUAUGCCCUACACUUCAGAUGAACUUAACAGUAAACAGAUCAUGUGUUCUAACGGGACUGAUUGCAAGAAGGAAAUAUUCUGUAAAGCUGGCACUUUCGAGUGUCCUGUCAAUGAUCCGAUAUACUGGAAGGUGGAUGACAAUAAUGGACCUAACCCCUGGUGUAACAAGAAAACUGAACUUUGUUCAGAGGGAGAGUGUAAAAUGUCAAUAUGCUCUAAAAUAGCUGGAGCAAAUGCUGAUACCCCCAGUUGUCAGUGUUCUGAGGAGGAAAACAAGUGCAAGCUGUGCUGUCCUAAGGUAGUUGACGGUGAAACUCAGUGUUUAGUCGCAUCUAACGAAACUUACUUCCCUGACCUUAAAAAUGACCUUAACGAUGAUAACAGCAAACUUCUUCCAGGGAGUGUAUGUGGCGAUGACAUGGGUUACUGUGACAUCAUGUACAUUUGUAGAAUAGUGGACGCGGACGGACCUAUAGCGAGCCUGGGAAACUACGUCUUCAAUGGAGUUCUGUUUGAUGCUGCUCAGAAUCUAGCUCAGGAAUAUUGGUACUACUGCGUGAUGUUGGCAAUUGGGAUGAUAUGCUUUAUGUCCGCAUUUAUUGCAGUCUGCAGUAAGACUGUCAAACCUCCGCCCUACCCUAGAGGAGGUGAACGGAUGAGUUACCCGGUUACUUACAAAAACGUCAACUCAAUCGAGAUGAGGGCGACAGGGCACAUGUAAAUUGUAACCCCGUCCUUGUUUCUUUCUGUGACAUAAAGCAAGACUAAUUGGAUGACGAGCUGUGUUAUUUAUUCAGCUAUCAUGGAAAAUAUUGUAAAUAAACAAGCCUGGAUGAGGCACUCACGGGGAGAUGAAGAAGAUGAUGAUCGACUCAAUUAUUGAACUGCCACGCAAGAACCUUAAUUUGUAGUUCAGAAUUUCUUUAAUAUUUUUAGCAGAAUCUGCACAUUCGUUGAUUUUUAUGUUACUGUAUGUGUAUUGUUUUAUCGAGUUGUUGAUCGUCUUUCUCGAACGAUGCAACUCACCUGGUAUGUGAAAUGAGAAGGUCUCUGUAACACCUCUGUAACACCUCUGUAACACUUUACGUAACACCUUGAGUACACGAUAUGCUGUUUUGUAUGUAGCUUAAUUGAUGACCUUAUUAAAACCCGAUAUAACGUAUAUAUAUAUGCACUAUGCAGAUUGCAGUUUAAUCACCUUUGACAGGAUUGGUCUAUUCAUGCACUUUUGCAAUGUGCAACUCAGUGUCUCACAUGUCAUUAAAGCUAUUUUGCUGCUAAAAUAUUGUGAACACACAAACUUGCAGGAAGAGAUUGUUACAUUUCCAUCUUGAAUUUUGUGGCAGCUAGUAUUUCGUGAAACUUUGAUUGUGUUGUGUGUAUGUAAUUUGAAUACGGUCGGAGCUUUAUGUAAAAUGCCAAGUUUGUUCGUAGGUGUAAGGGUUGUUUUGAGGACGUUAAAACGGUUUGAAAGGAUUUAGUUUAUAUUUUAAUGAAGAUGAUUUGCUUUAUAAACUUAUUUUUAGUUUCUACUUAAUUGUGACCUUACGAUUUAGAUGAUUAACCCCUUUCCAUUGGGUACGCUUUCAGUUUAUUCAGAAGCGAGAAAACAAAUAUCAUUUGUUGAAAUUAGAAAUAAUCGUACAAUGCAUUUAUUCGUUACAUUUGUCAAGACAACAGUGUUACGAUCAUGAAAAUAGAUUAUUAAAUUAAAUCUUUAAUUCUAAAUUGCUGUCUGAACAUAUAUAAUAUUUGAUACAAUCCAAUUGAUUUGAAGCUUUGUCUUGCAAUUUUA